AUGCCAAUGGCUGAAGAAGAAACCAAACCCAGGGUUACUGCUAAGAGUAUCACAGCAGAUGGAAAGGAAGUGCUCAAUAGCACGGUGAUAAUACAGCCUGCUACAACUGUUGACCAGAAAAAGUUGAAAGGGGCCAAUGCUAUAUAUGAAGGUAAAAAGAAACCUUUCAAAGUGGUUCAAUCCUUACCAAUGUCCAUAGAUGAUACUGAUGUCGAUUACUUAAGAACUCCGUUGUCAAUCAAAGACUCUGCGGUGUUAUACAAUUCUUUGGUUUACUCUAGAUUUAACUGGACGCACAACAUAUUCAAAAUCUUUUGGAGACGGAAAGAUCACAUCGUCGGUGGAACAGAUCGCAAGAGAGAUAAAAUGAGCAAGUUAUGCGAUUGUCAAUUUACCGCAGGGCCUCAUCAAUUUCAAAUCAGAAUGUUUGUACUAAAGGACGAGGAAAUUGAGCGUAGGUUUGAACAAGAACAGAAAGAAAAAAGGGAAUCCAAACAGAAAGCCAAAGAAGAGAAAGAGAGGCUGAAAGAAGAAAGGAGGAAAUUGAGAGAACUGCAAGAGAAGGAGCGAGUUUUAGGCGUGACUCCGACCUCAGCUGGAGUAGCAGGACCAGCAGUGGGAACCUCAGCCACUACGGUGCCAUCGAAUUCUGCUGCCCCGAAAGUGGCCCCGGUUCCUUCAGCACCAACAGUAGUUACACCUAGUGUUGUUCAAGCAAAACCAGAAACCGUUCUCAAUAGCAAGCCAGAUGAGUCUACAGCAUCUGCAACACACAGCACACAGCACACACCACCCCAGGUCUCAGUAUCGACGCCUGUUGAACCAACUGAACCCGCAACAACAGCUCCAGCAGCUUCCACUGCGCCAACUACAGCAGUUAGAACUACAUCCAGUAAACAAGCCCCAGAAUCAUCAGCCUCUGGUGUUUCGACGCCUGCUAAGUCAGCCACUACUCCCAUUCCCGCGGUCUCAUCCUCGGUGACAUCAGAUCCACAGACAACCAACGAAACCAAGAAACCAAUUGUGCCAAAACCUAAGCAAACCCAAGCAGAUUAUAUGGCAAGCCCAGAGAACCAGCUAAUGAUUACUAAUUUGAACGCAAUUGCAAAAGUCGACACUUCUUUGAACUCUUUAAUGAAAAUAGUUGCAUCAGGGAAUGCGUCAACUGCUCAAAUCGCCGAGUUUCAUAAGUAUAUACAACGAGCCAGGGAGAUGGGGGAUACUAAUGGAACACUGCAAAGACUGCAACAAGAACAACAGAGAAAACAGAAAGAAGAACUGAUGCAAAGGCAGCAACGAAAAUUAGAGGAGCAAAGACAGCGCUUACUGGAAAAGGAAGAGAAAAAACGACAACGUCAGUUGUUGAAGGAAUCAAAGCCCGAAAGAAAAGAGUCCGAAACCCUGACUGCUUUUCAAAUGCGAUAUUCAAAAGACGCAAACUUGGUGUUUGAGUUCACAGAGAAUACCUCAUCAAGGUUUUUUUUCCCAAAGAAUGCCAUAAUAGAGGUUAUUGAUGAUUUUGAAGAAACUCCUAUGCAGCAGGCAACUGUAAAAUCAGAGAUUUUGGAAGAAAACCAACAAACUGACAAGCUUCCCCCAAUGAAGGCAGAAUUUAAAGAUGUCACACCGUUAGGCGAUGAUAACGGAACACCGACCUCUGCCUACACUCCAAAUCAGACUCCCAAAACACCAACAGUUGAUCCAAUUCCAGCGAAGGCAACAACUAAAAAGCCUAUCAAACGUAAAUCACACUAUGACCUGUUAUUGUCCUUCAUUGUUGUCCAUAACCAAGUACAGAUUGAUGAGUGGGAGGCAAAUGAAAAAGCCAAAGAAGAAGCAAGAAUUAAGUUGGAGAAGGAAGAGAGUCAGAGAGAAUUGGAAGAAGAAGAAAACGAAAAGAAAAGAGCAUCUCAAGACUCAGGCCACAGGCUACGAAAGAGACCCAAAAGAAAAAAAUCGAACUGGUCAGGAACCAGAAAAACUAGAAACGCCUCAUUGAAUAUAGAGCCCGAAGUUGAAGAAAAGAAGGAUGAAACUGUUAAGCCGGUCCCUAUUUUUUCAUGUGUUACCAUUGGAAUAAAUAAAGUGUCUGCCAAGUUUGUUCCAAUACUUAAAAACUCUGUCAAUUCUAGAGAGAAGACUCUAGAAUACAUGGAAGGAAUUAAGAAGGCUGGAACCCAACUGGAUAAGUAUCAUUUAUGGUACGAAUUAGAUGCCUUCAAAGAUGAGUUGUUGUCAGAACAGCUUAGAUUCAACCUCAACCGUCUUGAUUUCAUUCAAGGGGGAAGUAAAUUGAAAGGUAAGGCAAUGUUGAGGAGAAUAGUUGAAACUGGUGGUGCCACUGAACUGGAAAUCAAAAGCAUUCGUCAAAACUCGGAAGAUGAUGAUAGUGGAGAUAAUUAG